CGCGUGGAUAUACCAUCAACCCCGCACACAUAAUACCGACUCCAAGUUGCGCCAUAGCCCCGGGGUGUCUCGAUUGGUAGAUGUCGGGAGAAUGUAGCCUAUCGGCCCAGUUCGUCCCCGACAGCCUGCUAUCUACGUGGACGGCACAAAGCGCCUAUUCGACCAAAUCCAUCGAGGUGGGAUGAUAAAUUGGGGAUGUGAGGAGAAGAUAGAGAACGGGAGAGAGAAUUGGUUGUGUCAAGCUUCCGUACUCGGAACGCGAGCACUUAUAAGACACGCGUAUAACUCCACAGUCCCGAAUUGGCUGUAAGAGACCUCCACAGGAAUCGCCUGUAUCUGAAGUUCGGAGACAGUAUAACCCAACAACAUGCCGGGGCGCGUUGAUAUCGACCGCUACGAGCACGUGCCCGUAACCAAGGCAGAUCUUGACUGGGCCGACCUCGUCACUCUCGACCUUAGUCUGUACGAUCAGCCGGGCGGCAAGGAAGAGCUCGUGAAACAGCUCGAUCAUGCAGUUCGCAACGUUGGAUUCUUCUACGUCAAGAACUUCAACAUCCCCCAGGAGGAGGUCGACCGGCAGUUCGCGCUGGGACGGGAAUUCUACGCCCUCCCUCUCGAGGAGAAGCUGAAGUUCUACAACCAGAAGGACCUGGAGAGCGGCGAGUACAACGGGUACAGGCCGGCAGGUCACCGGAUCCUCGGCAAUGGCGUCAAGGACAACAUCCAAGUGUAUAACAUACCAAAGUUCGACGGCUUCCACCCGCGCAAGCAGCCUGCCGUUCUCGAGGAGCACAUACAGGAGAUCGAGAGCUUCUCAAGGAAAUGCCACCAGGAGGUCGUCGUCAAGCUGCUGCGGCUCUUCGCCAUCCUGCUGGAGCUGCCAGACGAGGACCAGCUGGUGCGCGACCACCUGUACGACGCCAAGGGCGAGGACCACCUGCGGUACAUGCACUACGCGGCGCGCAGCGCGGAGGAGAACCGCAAGGUGGCGGACCUGUACGGGCCGGGGCACACGGACCUGGGGACGGUGACGCUGCUGUUCCGGCAGCCGGUGGCGGCGCUGCAGGUGCAGAACGCGGCGACGGGGGCGUGGAAGUGGGUGCGGCCGCAGGACGGCACGAUCACGAUCAACACGUGCGACGCGCUGACGGCGCUGACGGGCGGGCUGGUGCGGUCGAGCGUGCACCGCGUGCACGCGCCGCCGCCGGACCAGGCCCACGUCGACCGCCUCGGCGUCCUCUACUUCGCCCGCCCCAACAACCACGUCGUCCUCGACCCCAUCGCCAACAGCCCCCUGCUGCGCCGCCUCGGCCUCACCACCAACGCCUUCACCGACCUCGGCCAGCACCUCACCACCGAGCAGUGGGUCAAGGCCCGCCAGACCCAGCAGCAGCGCCCCCGCGUCUCCGCCCAGAUCUCCGACGACGGCAAGUACACCUACGCGAAGAAGGACCUCGAGAUCCUGCCCGGGCUGCACGCCGUCGUGCACAAUUGAGGCGAGCGCGGUCGAGGAAAAAAAGGGGGAGGCUAGGGACGUUCAGGCCGAAGUGGGUUAAAGAGCCUGGUUACUCACAGCCUCGGUGUGUGUAGAGUUAAGGGGUACUUGGUCAACACGAUAACCCUUCCUUCACACUCCAUCGACGUAGACAUAGCCGCAGAUGUGCACAUUGACCCCUUAGCGAUUUCAAACCGUCUUGUUACGGGCGAUAGGUAGGUAUUCGAUGCCGAACUCGUAAC